UGUAAAUCACAGCCGUCGGAUUAACACACGGCUCAUCUGAAGCGUCUCUGCAAAAAAUAAUAUUCAAAAGCAGUUUUCCGAUCGACGAUACAAAACACGACCAAUCUUCGCACGGGUUCCUGUCGUAACGCUCUUUCCUUUUGUUUUCUAGAGAACAAGUUUUAUUUGCUGUGAGAUAUAAAGGUUGGCAAAUGGCGAGGAUAAAACCUCAGGCUCUGCUUAAUCAAAGCAAGAAGAAGAAGGGUCCUAGUCGCAUAAGUAUUUCGACAAUUGUCGUGUGUAAUCUCGUAGUUGCUGUAGUUGUACUCUCCUUGGUCACUACUUAUCGUCAUUGGUCCCAGAGGUCAAGAAACACACUUGAAACCCAGAGUCAAAGAUUUGAGGACACAAAUGCUGUAUCACAACAAAAGAAUUACGAUCUUCCUGGUUAUGCCGAUAUAAGCACAUCAAAAGGUCUCAUAACUGUGGAACUCUUUAAAGAUGCUUCCCCUGAAGCUGUCGACAAGUUUCUAGAUCUAUGUCAGAAGGAUCACUUUAAGGGAAUGCCGUUUCAUCGGGUUAUAAAAAACUACUUGGUGCAAGCUGGUCACUCCUCGAGUUCUAUACCUAUAGAAGAAUGGACAGCUAACGGAAAGCUCCGUGGUCGCCUUGACACAAGCCCAAAACAUGAGGCGUUCAUGUUGGGGACACCCAAAAACAAAGGGAACAACAAGGACUUCGAGCUUCUGAUCACAACGGCGCCAAUCCCGGAUCUGAAUGAUCAGCUUAUAGUGUUUGGAAGAGUUCUUAAGGGAGAGGAUGUAGUUCAGGAGAUUGAGGAGGUGGAUACAGAUGAGCAUUUCCAACCGAAAUCUCAGAUAGGGAUCAUUAGCAUUGUACUGAAACGAGAAUUAUGAAAAUGAGAGGCUCACGCCAAAUCUUUUCUUCAUACUCACUGUUUGUCUAAACCUUUUUUAUUUUAUUUUACUGAUUAUUUUUCUUGUUAUUUUGUAAUUUUAAUUGAUGUUUAUCGAGGAAAUAGCAUCUUUGUUUAA